AUGAAGCCCGCACUGUAUCUCUUGGGUACCUCAUCUGUCUUCUACAAUGGACAGGGCUCUGACUCCUCCUUAAAUGCCACAAUUGUACAACCUACGCAACGGCAGAUCGUGCAGUUUGUCAAAGCGGGGAAUCAAAACGCCAAGGAAGACCCCCAUGUGCCUCUUUAUCACGGACAAGCCCAGGUGCUUUCUCUGGGAGACGACGGGGUGCACAUCAAGCCAACCUUGACCAAUAUAGACCGGUGUACGUAUGAGCACAAGGUCGAAUUUUGA